GACGCACCCGCUCCCAAGUCGACUCGAUCUCCCCAAGCAGCAGCAGCCAUGUCAGACCUCUGUGUUGGAAUCAACGGUUUCGGCCGCAUUGGCCGCCUGGUCCUGAGGGCGUGCCUCCAGAAGGGCAUCAAGGUGGUGGCCGUCAACGACCCCUUCAUCGACCUGGAGUACAUGGUCUACAUGUUCAAGUAUGACUCCACCCACGGCCGCUACAAGGGCGAGGUCUCCCAUGAAGGAGGCAAGCUCAUCGUGGAUGACCACGAGAUCUCUGUGUUCCAGUGUAUGAAGCCGACUGAGAUCCCCUGGGGCAAAGCUGGAGCCAAGUAUGUUGUGGAGUCCACCGGAGUCUUCCUCAGUGUGGAGAAGGCCUCUUUUCACCUGCAGGGUGGCGCGCAGCGUGUGGUCGUCACCGCCCCCUCCCCCGACGCUCCAAUGUUUGUCAUGGGAGUCAACGAGGACAAAUACGACCCCUCCUCCAUGACCAUUGUCAGCAAUGCCUCCUGCACCACCAACUGCCUGGCGCCCCUGGCCAAAGUCAUCAAUGAUAACUUUGGCAUUGCUGAGGCUCUCAUGACGACGGUCCACGCCUACACCGCCACCCAGAAGACGGUGGACGGUCCCAGCGCCAAGGCCUGGCGUGACGGCCGCACUGCCGCCCAGAACAUCAUCCCGGCCUCCACCGGUGCCGCCAAGGCAGUCGGCAAAAUCAUCCCCGAACUCAACGGCAAGCUGACGGGCAUGGCCUUCAGGGUGCCGGUGGCCAACGUGUCGGUGGUGGACCUGACGUGCCGUCUGACCAAGCCUGCGUCUUACGCUGAAAUUAAAGCAGCCUGCAAGAAGGCCUCCGAGGGACCCCUGAAGGGAAUUCUUGGUUACACCGAGGACCAGGUGGUGUCCUCUGACUUCAUCGGUGACACCCACUCCUCCAUCUUUGAUGCCUGUGCCGGCAUCUCGCUCAACGACAACUUUGUCAAGCUCAUUUCCUGGUAUGAUAAUGAGUUUGGCUACAGCCACCGUGUCGCUGACCUGCUGCUGUACAUGCACUCCAAGGAGUAGACCUUCUCUCCAGAAAGGGACCACCCCCACUCCCCACACCCUCUUCUCUUACACACAGGCGCCACCUAGAGUCGAGUCAUAGCAUCACAGCCCUUAGCUCUACACCAGUAUACGUAGGCAGAGUGUUGAGUGUUCUGAGUUUGUCUGUUUUUCCUUUCAUGUCGGUCGGUGACAGUAUUUGUGUGCGUGUGCCCCCCCCCCACACACUUUAGAUGUGUCCUCAUGGCUCAGUGCUGUGGUAACUACUGUAUCCAUCCCCCUGUUGUGUGUUUUAAAGCGUAAUCACCAGUGGGAAGAGGAAGCUGAGAGGCAGAGCUACUUGCUGCUCCGCUCAAGAGUAUUGAAACAAAAAUAAAAUUUAAGAACCUCAAA